AUGCUGCCUCUUCUCGUGCUUUUUCCUUUCAUAAUCACCACGGUAGGUGAAGUUAUCUUCUAUGAUUGAAGUUAACAAUUCAGACCCAUCAAGUGUCGGAGAAAGGUCCAGUGUACCAGAUUCGAGUGAUGGAACAGCGAAUCAAGUAUUGUCUGGAAAAAAAUUCGAAAGCCGUCUGUGAUGACAUCUUCUCACCGGAAUCGACUAUACAAUUCGCUGAUAGGAAUAUCAGCGGCACUGGUUGGUCGGAAAUCGGCUCGAAAAAAAUACAGUUUUGUUUUUUUAAAAAAAUAGAUUAUAAGAAGCAAAAAAAUCUAGUGAAUAGUUAGGUGUAGGGAAAAAAAAUAUCUGUUGCCGUGGUCGCAGAUGGAACGGCGCAAAGCCUUUCGGCAGAUAAUUUUCAAAAAAGUUGUUUCGAAACAGGCCCUAUCAAGCAACCGUUGCUUCGAGCCAUUCCACUUGCGACCAUAGCUAUUUAAUAAUUAUUUUCAGAUGAAAUCAACAGCUACCUCUAUGGAUUGAUGUCCAGAGUGGGAAAUUUCGAGGUUCAAAUUUUUGAAUAUUGAGAAAUUCCCGUCUUUCAGCUCGUCAAUCAUUUGAUAACCUCGGCUUCUGAUGACAAUUUUCAAGCCAACGGGACUAUGGUUCAGUCGAACCAGAACUGCACAGAAAUUUCCGACUACCUGGCUAAAUUUGAGGUUAUCGAAUUUCUUUUUGAAACUGAAAGCAAACUUUUCAGAGCAUGAAAAAAGGCUAUAAAUUGUCUUUUUUGAAAGUCUUCGGCAUACAAAGUGGCGACAAGGAGUGCAAAUGCAUCAUCUGUCCUCAAUGA